UUUGCUUCUUUUUUUCAAUUCUACACUUUUUUUACAUUGUACAGAUUACACAAAUUUGGCGUUCAAUUACACAGCUCGGCACUCGAAAUUUGAAGGAAAAAACUAUUGCUAAUCUGCGCUCCAAAAACUCCAAACCAUUCGGCCCAUUAGAAACUAGAUAGCCAGCAGCAGCAACAGCAACAGAGACUGUAAACACAAUGGCCAGUAGAGGCGCACUCCUGCAACAAAUUCAGCAGGGAAAAGGGCUUAAAAAGGUUAAGACCGACGACCGCUCGGCCCCACCGGUAGGAAGCACCGGCGGCGGCAGUGGUAGGCCGCCAAUGGGUGGCAUGGCACUUCCGCGGCCACCCGUCCCCCCACCGGGUGGCUUUUCUAUGAGUAAAGGCGGUGGAAACACCAACUCCGGCGGUAACAGCAACGGCAUCGGCAGCAGCGCACCUGCCGAACCCAGAGGUCCUCCCGCGGGGCUCCCGGGCCUAGGGGGGCUCUUUUCGGGCGGGAUGCCCAAGUUAAAACACCGCUCGGGCGGCGUGAAUAUAAGAACGAGCGAGGACGACAAUGGCGCGCCAGAACGCCAUGCAGCGCCCGCAACAACACGGCCGGCGGAUUCAACGGCCGAGCAGAAACCAAGCACUGGAUCAUGGUUUGCAAAUACAUUCCGCCGAGGCAGCCACGCACGCAGCAGCAGCAGUGGCCAAGCAGAUGCGGUCGGCCCCAGGAGCGAGCAGCCGCCGAUGGCACAGGCGCCCACCUAUCCGCACAUGGUCAAGGCGCCGCCACCGCCACCGCCGGCAUUUGGGGGGCUGCCGGCCUUGCCUGGGCGGCGACCCAGCGAUGUCGAAGCGAGGCCCCCGCCUCCACCGCCCAACCCGGCCCCGCCACUGCCGCUCGGCUCGAUUGCUGCCAAGAAGGCGCCGCCGCCGCCGCCGUCGUCCCGCAAGCCUCAGAUCAAGCCGAAGCCGGCUGGGCUUGGCAUGGGCCGUGCGACUCCGCAGAGCUCGUCGCCGUCGCCGGGCAUGGGCGGGCACUUUGGGCUGGCCGCGUCGCCAGUCAACGCGCGCAGCUCCACCGAAGACACUGCGGAUGCGGGCGGCAUUGUCCAGGAGAGCCAGGGCAGCGUGAGCUCCUUGGCUGGCAUGUUCGGCCAGCGGACCAGGAGCAAGGCGCCGGGCUAUGGCAGGACACUGGCCGACAACACAUUCUCGCCUGCGACGCCUGCCAGGGCACCUCCUCCUCCACCAGGCGCAGCGGAUGGCGUAUAUGGCCACCGAAGGACCAACAGCACACAGGCGCCCAGCCACCUGCCGCCGCCGCCGCCGUUGUCGCAGCCCAAUGGACUCGCCAGUGCAGACGCCCCCUCGGGCGUGCCAGUGCGCGAGGGCAAGUGGACAUUCCACUCGCUCUCCGAGCUGCCGCCGCCGCCCGUGGCAAGCUUCUCUAGGCGUGUGUACCCCAGCGGCCGGUCCUCCGGAAGCACCGUCGCCUUGGGAAUCUGACCAAUGCUGUGCAAGCGGCUGCGGCUGCGUUGAGCUGCCUUAGGGGUUGCCGGCCCGCCCGUUUGCUUUUAAACCUUUUAAUUGCGAAAAUACAUAAUCACAAACAACAAUCUUUUUUUGCCGGGGCCGCCGAUCCAAGGGCAGCUCUUGCAUCCACUUUCAGAUACGAAACGAGUGGAGGUGCAAAGGGCAAUCGAUCACAAUGGUGAGCUGCCUCUUUUUGCGCUCCCUGCAGAAGAGCCUGCCAACGCACAGAUGGGGAACGCAAGCCAAGAAUCGCGUGAUAGCUGCUGUGCGCCUCUUUGCAUUUAACUGCC